AUGACUACUAUUCUUUAUUCAAUUUUGCAUCUUUUUCUUUUCUCCGCUUUGCACGGGUUAACGUAUGCCUCAUACCCCCCGACUGUAUAUCUCAUCCGCCAUGGCGAAAAGUCAGGCGAUCCCCUAGACAGUGGACUAAACGCAGAUGGCUGGAAACGAGCUGAAUGCGUCCGGGGCGUGUUCGGAGAAGCUUCACCCUACGAUAUUGGCCAUAUAAUGGCACCGCAUGUUAAUAAAAAAGGAGAGCACAGACGCUCCUACGAGACCGUUCUUCCACUCGCCACAGACCUCGGCCUAACUGUCGACACCUCCUGCAAGCGGAAUAAAGUCCACUGCGUCGCAAAAGCAGUCAAUGACUAUGACGGACCCGGCAAUAUCCUGAUCUCCUGGCGGCAUAGAAAGAUGAGAGAGUUGGUUCAGGCGUUGGGGUAUGAUGAUGCGCCUGAGUAUCCGGAUGAUCGGUUUGAUCUGAUCUGGACCAUUCCGUUCCCGUAUGACAAUAUCACGGAUAUCCGGAGCGAGGACUGUCCUGUGUUAGAUAUCCCCGAGGAAUUGACGGCGGUGAACAGCCAGCAAAAAGCAAGCGGAGAAAAAGAACGCCAAGAUUUCGAACCGCCCACCCAAUUUUUUCGAGAGUAUCGCGAUCGGUUGCGUAGCCACGCCCAGGCUUUUGAUGGCCUCUUGUCGUUGAUUCCGGCGAAAUACUAUUAUGGGGAGGAUGGUAGUGACCAAUGGAAACGCAAGAAGCAGACGAAGGAGGAAGCUCGUGAGGCGAAACGGGCGAAAUUGGACCCCGAUGCCGCGAAGACCGCUAAAGACGUAAUGGACGAGAACGCCCGGAAACGCAAGCGUCAAGAAGAGGGUCAAAAUGAGGCCGCAUCAUCUGAGGACGAAGAUCUCGGCUCAGAAAUGCCUAAGGAAGGCCUGAAGCGGGCCGAUGCGGCAAAGAAACAGAAGCAAUCCGACGACUCGGCGAAGUCAGAAGAGGCAGAAGCACGUAAGAAACUAAAGGAAGAGAAAAAGGCGCAGAAGAAAGAGCAACAAAAAGAGAAGAGGAAGGCUAAAGAAGCCGCUAAGAAGGAAAAGCAGAAAGAACAGCAAGAUAAGGAGGCUAAAACCGCUGCCGCUGACGCUGCACAGAAGCCAGAGUCUAAGUCUGCCAGUGAUAAGAACAAGAAGCAAGAAAAGCCACCUGUAAAGGAUGACGAUAAUGAUGACGACGUUGAUGAAGAAGAGGCCGAAGGUCUCUCUCUCGAGUUCAACCCAGAGCAAACAGAACAGUCUUCCUCUUCUUCUACCCCCAACUCCCCUGGUUUCGAUGCCUCCGCUCUUCAAUCGGGCGCCUCUUCGAUAUCUUCUAUUGUCCCCCCUUCUGCUCCCAACGAUGCCUCUAAGAACUCAUCAUCCGAUCAAAAGCCCCUCAAGUCCACACCCGAAGAGCUGAAGCAACGACUACAAAAGCGUCUUGAUGAGCUUCGCGCAGCCCGUCAUGCAGACGGGCUGAACGGCAAGCCCGCGAGAAACCGCCAAGAGCUGAUCGAGGCCCGCAGACAGAAGGCAGAACAACGCAAGGCGCACAAGAAAGAGCUACGACAGAAGGCCAAGGAGGAAGAGCAACGAUUGAAGGACGAUGCAUUGGCCCGCCGCUUCUCCCCAGGUGGGUCGGGCUCUCUUCUCGCCUCGCCUCGCUCCCCAGCCGAGUCGGUGGGCUCUAGCGCCGCUAAUUAUUCCUUCGGUCGUGUCGUCUUCGCCGAUGGCCAGGCUGCUGAUCCCAGUCUAAACAACGUGCGCGAUCAGCCCAAGCGCCAUGGUGCCCAUGACCCCGCAUCAGCCUUGAAAGCCGUUGAGGCUAAAAAGGCCCGACUGGAAAGCAUGGACGACGAGAAACGUGCUGAACUCGAAGAGAAAGAUAUGUGGCUGAACGCCAAGAAGCGCGCUCAUGGUGAACGCGUCCGGGACGACACUUCGCUGUUGAAGAAGGCUCUGAAGCGCAAGGAAUCUGCCAAGAAGAAGUCCGAGCGUGAAUGGAAGGAGCGCAUAGAAACCGUCCACAACCUCCGGAAACGCCGCGAAGAAAAGGGAAACAAGGGCAAGAAAUCCUCUGCAGGCAAGAAAAAAGCUAGACCCGGUUUCGAGGGAAGCUUCAAGGGCAAAUCUGGUGGAAAGAAAUGA